AGGAGUGGGACAGCAGCGGCCGUGCAGGGGGAAAAAAACAGCAAUAAGCAACAGCUAAGAAUACAAACCAGUCCGAAAGGGACUUGGACGGAAUAGAUAGCUGAUAGAUAAAGUUCCGUGGGAAUACCUUUCCUAGACGGUCUUUUAGGUGGCCGAGUCGGUUCUCACUUUUAAUUACCGAGCAGUAUACGGGACUCAUGGAUAAAAGGAGAGCAGGCGGAGACGACGACAUCAAAGGUGCUCCCGGGUCAUUAGAUAUAUCUAUAGCACCGUUCAGACCAUUAUUUAACACACAAGAGCCGAACAGCCUCCCAGAAAAGGAAUGAGUUUUGUAACCAGCCAUUUUUGUUAAUUGUCUGGAGCCUCCUGGUCGUCUUUUCAGCAGAAGAAAAGACCUACGUAGGCUACGUCAGGCUACUCAUAAAAACAACAGUAUCUUACUAAGGGCUAGUAUUUUGUGAGCCGUGCCCUCUCAUGCCAAAGAAGAACCACAGUUUCUAGAGCCCUAGUUUUGUAUCGUGUUCUUCAGAUAAGUAAACGCUAAGGCUGCUGCACUUCUGCCUCUUUUCCUUUGUUACUCCAAGACCAAGACGUGCAGACAGCUCCAGCUGAGGCAACACUUCACUCACUCACUUUUCAGCCCUGCAUGUUUUUUUUCUUUUAUGGGAAACUUUUCUUGUUUUUCUAAGUUGGAGAAGGAAACCCCUUUUAUAGUGAUCCUCCUCCUCCCACCUCUCCCUCCACAAUAAGAGCCACCACAUUGUAGGUAUGGAGGACCAGGCCCGCAUGAUGUUGGGUCAUAUUGGACUGUCUCAUGAGGAUAUAGGUGAUCCUGACAACAUAAGGAAACAUCACAUCGUCGGUCCGCCGCAGCAGGACAUUGGUGACAUCCUCCAGCAGAUCAUGGUCAUCACAGAUGAGAGUCUGGAUGAGGCCCAGGCCAGGAAACAUGCUUUAAACUGCCACAGAAUGAAGCCGGCCCUCUUCAGUGUCCUGUGUGAGAUCAAAGAAAGGACAGCCCUGAACAUCCGAAGCGUGCAAGAAGAUGACAGUCAAGACCCUCAGAUCAUGCGCCUGGACAACAUGCUGUUAGCAGAGGGGGUUGCAGGUCCGGAGAGGGGCGGGGCCUCUGCAGCGGCGGCGGUGGUUGCUGCGGCAGCAAGAGGAGCGCUUGAUGAGGGAAACCAGGAGCACAGCGAGUACAAAGAGAAGCUCGCUCAGAUACGACAGAUGUACCACGCUGAACUGGAGAAAUACCAACAGGCAUGCAAUGAAUUCACCGACCACGUGAUGAACCUGCUGAGGGAACAGUCCCGUACGCGGCCCAUCUCACCUAAAGAGAUAGAGCGAAUGGUCGGAGUCAUCCACCGCAAGUUCAACACGAUCCAGUUGCAGUUAAAGCAGAGCACAUGUGAAGCUGUCAUGAUCCUCCGCUCCAGGUUCCUGGAUGCCAGGCGGAAACGAAGAAACUUCAGCAAGCAGGCGGCAGAGAUUUUGAACACAUAUUUUUACUCCCAUCUGGCAAACCCUUACCCCAGUGAGGAAGCCAAGGAGGACCUGGCCAGGAAGUGCUCCAUCACCGUUUCUCAGGUGGCCAACUGGUUUGGAAACAAAAGGAUUCGGUAUAAGAGGAACGUUGCAAAGUUGCAGGAGGAAGCUAACCGGUAUGCUGUGAAGACAGCUGUGGAUGCUGCCAGUGUAUCUUCACUGGCAAGCCAGGCCAACUCACCAGCCACACCAAACUCUGGGUGAUGACGGCUGACAGGACAGUGGUGAUUCGUCCUCCCAUCUCGCCCAGAGCACCAGGGACCACCUCCAGCUGUUGCUCCACCUUCCCUCCCCAUCCUGCUCCUCAGAAUAAUACAACCCAGCCUGUAGACUGACCUCCAGCCGAGCCACAAACAGAGCAUUACCAAAACUCUGCAAUUUUUUUUUCAUUUUGCUUUGUGGUGCUGAUCCGUUUCUAACAUCUCUGCCACGUUUUUUUUUUAACCACUCCACUUAACGAAUGUGUUGACACCUAUUUUUUGUUUCUUUUUACUAUUUCUCACAACAUUUUUCAUUUUUUUUAGAUAAAUAAAUGAUGAAAAGAACUUUUUUAGUGUACUGCCUUGCCUACAGUGAACUAUACGCUGUAUGAAGGUUUGUAUGUGGCCUUGGACCAGGUGUGGAUUAAUAGUUUUAUUUCAAAGAAUUAAAAUAAGAAAAAAAUGGACAAAAAAAAGAAAGCAUGCAGUCAUUUUUAGAUGUUGAACUAUGGUUUUAUUAUGUCU